AUGAGAGUCCUAUACCAGAUAGCAUCGUUGAGUGGAUAGAAUUUCGUAACUUAAUGAACGUCAAGUUUUUAGCUGAAGGUGGAUUUGGAAAAGUAUAUAGUGCUACGUGGACACCUGGUAAGAUCACUGGUUGGAAUGAGAUGAAGAAUACUUUUGUACGAAAAUCCAAAAAGGUGGCACUUAAAGUCUUUAAUGAUGAUGGCCCCCCUGGAGACGAACUUUUUCGAGAAGCACAUUGGAGUCAAAUAUUCACAAGAAAACGAAAUUUUAGACCUUGUGUUGUUAAUAUAUUAGGUUUCACUAAGAAUCAAGAAGGAAAAUAUGGGAUUGUCUUAGAUUUAUGUGAAGGAGGCGAUUUACGAAAUUAUCUCCAAAAACACUAUAAAACUAUGAAUUGGAAAGAUAAAGUAAAAGUUGCCUGGGAUAUUGCAUUUGAUAUACAGGAAAUUAUUGAAUAUAGAUCGAAGCAAGAAGGUGAAAUAAUGGGUGUAUUACCCUACAUGGCUCCUGAACUCCUUUGUGGUGGCCGUAAAACACAAGAAUCUGAUAUUUAUUCUUUUGGAAUUAUAAUGUGGACAAUAAGCGCUGGAUGCGUUCCAUUUAAUGAUCGACAUGGAGAUCCAUAUUUAGCCAACGAUAUUAUAUGUGGCCUUCGACCUUCUAUAAUUCCUGGAACAUCAAAGAAAUACGCAGAUUUGAUGUGCAAAUGUUGGGCUAAGGAUCCCCAUGAUCGCAUUUCUGCAAAGGAUGCUGUCCAAAUCCUUCGAGUAUUACUGAGAGAUAUGAUGGAAAAUAAUUUUAUCGAUGAAUAUUCGACUGAAAAAAAUUCAUCAUGGAAUCCACCGAAAUUUGAUUUUUCAGUUUUUCUUACCAGUGAACGAUUGAUUAUUUCAAAUUUGACUAACAGUAGGGGUAAUUCACAUUCGAAUUCGGAUAAAUUGAUAUUGUAUCCAAAAAUACAUGAUACACGAAACUAA